AAGAAAAUUUGCUUGGCUCGAUUCAGCUUGUCUUGUCUAUUUUUCUUCUCCUACUCAAUCGGUGGCUGGUGAAAAAUGAAUUUGAAAUUGAUUGGAUUCUUGUUUGUUAUAGGAACAUGUCAGGCCAACUUGUUCAAUCUUCCACGUGCUGCCAUUCGUCUCACCAGAGAAUUUACUGGAAUGGACAAGCUCCCAGCUCCAGAAGAACUCGGAGGUGAAGAAUAUGAUAUGAAGAUUGAGGUCAACAAUGUCGUUGAAGAGAUGGUUGAUGAUAUGGAAGAUAGUAGUGAGGAAGAUACCCCAUUGGCACGAGUUGUUAAUGACGAUGAUUUAUUGUACAAAAAGGGUUUUCAUCUCGAUUCCCCAUUUGAACUGAACAAAAAGGUAAAUAAGCCUGUUGUGAGAUAUCCAAAUAUAGCUAAAAACAACCAAAAAAUUAGAGAAGAAAUUGUUUAUCCAGCGGAUUUUGAUGAACACGUUGUCGAAAUUUUGGACUCGAGAAAAGAGAGAAAAAUCGACUUGUCGCCAAUGAUCAAGGCCAAGCUGGAAAAGGGAUAUUAUGAGCCUAAUGAUGAAGCUCUUGUGGAUAUGAGCUCAGAGUCAGAAGAGUCUUCAGAAGAAUGGGAAGAAGCUCGUCCAUACCUCAAAUGUGGAUGUUUGAAGAAAUCUGGAAAAGUUUUCGAAUCAAAGACUGCACCAAGAGAAUGGGAAUCUAGUAGCUUCAAGUCAAACGACCUUCCAACUGGUUGGGACUGGAGAAAUGUUAGUGGAGUCAACUAUUGCUCUCCAACAAGAAACCAACAUAUUCCAGUCUAUUGUGGAUCUUGCUGGGUGUUCGGAACAACUGGAGCUCUCAACGAUCGUUUCAACGUUGCUCGCAAGGGAAGAUGGCCAAUGACUCAAUUGUCGCCACAGGAAAUUAUUGACUGCAAUGGAAAGGGAAAUUGUCAAGGUGGAGAAAUCGGAAAUGUGCUAGAGCACGCUAAGAUCCAAGGACUUGUGGAGGAAGGAUGCAAUGUCUACAGAGCCACAAAUGGAGAAUGUAACCCAUACCAUCGCUGUGGAUCUUGCUGGCCAAACGAGUGCUUCUCCCUUACCAACUACACUCGUUAUUACGUUAAGGAUUACGGACAGGUCCAGGGACGUGACAAAAUCAUGUCUGAAAUCAAGAAAGGAGGACCAAUUGCAUGUGCCAUUGGAGCAACAAAGAAAUUCGAGUAUGAAUAUGUGAAAGGAGUCUACUCAGAGAAGAGUGAUCUCGAAUCCAAUCAUAUCAUUUCACUCACUGGAUGGGGAGUUGAUGAGAACGGAGUUGAGUACUGGAUCGCCAGAAACAGUUGGGGAGAAGCUUGGGGAGAGCUCGGAUGGUUCCGUGUGGUCACUUCAAAGUUCAAGGAUGGACAAGGAGAUCAGUACAAUAUGGGAAUUGAACGUGAUUGUUAUUAUGCGGAUGUUGAUGUUUCCAACUUGACUUUCUGAGUGGAUAGGAAGAUCAAUGAUCAGAUGAAAAAUAAAUGAUAUUUAUUAGUUUGUUCUGAUGACUUGAAUAAAUUGUUCUGUUGGU